UUUUCAUAUAAACCUAGUAUCAUUCUGCACCUUCCCUCUACUCAUUGCUCAUGCUUUCUAGACUGAAUCGUUUUUGCUAGAUUAUUUCCCCUUGCAGCUUGGAUGACUUUAAGAAUUAUUUAUAUUUUCUAGUUCUUCUCCUUGGUAGCACUUCCUAUUAAGCUUAACCCAAUUCUUUUUGGCUGCCUUAUAGAUACUGACAACUAGACUAGAGACUAGGUGCUGCUUUCUGAAUGGGUUUCAGUGCAUUUAGGAGGAUCAGCAGAGCUCAACCUGGCUGAGCAGAAGGGAAGAAAUUUACAACAAAUGGAGCUUGGCGGUGUUUUAGGGGAGGGUUUGGGUACUAUUUAGACUUUAACUGGCUCUUGCUUGCUUUAUUAUCCUGUACAAUGUAUUGGCAAUUAAUCUUUCAUGAGCCCUAGCCUUUCUGGCUUGUUCAGGAUCGGAAUUAGACCAUAGUGUUAAUGACUUCUUAAGCCAGUGUGAGUUUGACGUGAACAGCAGCCCGGCUGGAUGAGGUGGCAGAGAAGAAUGUAUUCUUAACCCUUAUAAAGUAUUUUUCUGAUCUUUGGAUUUGGACAUUUUCUUGCUUUUACACUUACCUUUCUUAUUCUUGUUCUUAUCUCCUAUAGUCCUCAUUUAUUUCUCUUUAGAUUUGUCUGUAUCCUUGGACUUAUUCUUAUCUUUAGACUUGCUCUUGUUCUUAGAUUUAUUCUUGUCUUUUGAAUUAUUCUAGAAUUUUUCAAUAAGGAGUAAACUAAACAAAAUCAUAGUAUAAAUAUAUUAAAAGCACAAGUUAACCCUCACACAUACUGUAGGUCUUCCCUAUCUUGUUAUCCUUUUAUUUUUUUUUGUUUGCCUGUUCGCCUUGCGUUUUUAUGAACCCUACUCAAACCAAAUUUGGUGGCAACCUACUUAAAGUGUGAUGAAUCCUUCUUGAAACUUUUCCAACAAAAUUGUUUAUAAGUCUAAAAGGUGCCUCUCUGGCAGCUCAGUGACACGAAUCUUGGGUUCUUGUUUGUCUUUUCUAUCAUCUCUCCAUACCUUUGCUGCCGACUAUGUCUUUUAGUUUGUCUUUACAGAGGAAGAAUGCUAAAGCAGCGUAAUUCUAGCGAGGAGUUCCAGGAAUAAAAAUGUACCAUGAGAAAACCCCCAACCUCAACUACCUUUGGUUUAGGGGUUUAUACCUCCUCAGAGUGUUCCUCUUGCAUGAAAGCUGUAGGAGCAACUGGCUCAUAGAAUUGGUUCGAUUAACCUUGGUCUCGCAGGAUCCUCCGAAACAGCCUGCUGCUCAAUAGCUGAGGCCUUCUUGAAGAUAUCAUCAUUUCUGAAAUCUGCUGCACAUUUAUCUUUCUUUUCUUUCGCAGAAAGAGAUGUCUGAUUAUUAGUACAUGAAUCCAUAUCCAAGAGCGAUGUAAACCCAUUGAAGGGUGCAUUGUUCACAUGAAACAUUGGUUGAGAACACAACUGCUGUCUCUUAGAUGUUCUUUUUCUGAUCUCCACAAUAGAAAGCACCUGUGCAG